AUCGCAUGCGGGCUAAAUACAGUCUGUUGUGUUGUCAAGAAGCGGCCGGUAAACAGCCGAAUUAGCGCUCCCAAGAUUGCUUAUCAAUUAAACCAACGCCAAUUGGGGGCCAGAGGCUGCUGGGGCCAAUGACGCCAUUGGACAAACACAAGACAUAUCACCAGUAGGCCACAUAAAUCACCAGUGAAGCGGACUCACCGGAGCGGCAAGAAGCAGAGCGGGGGAGCUUGAGAUUGGUUUGGAUUUAUUUUGAAGCGAAUCGAGCGACUUACCGGUGGUCAGUUACAUAACAAUGCGCUUGCUCAGGCCCAGCUGGUCGGGAUUGGUGCGCGGGAGGCACCACCAGCAUCACCGGCGUUUUCUACAGACCACCACCAGUCGCGGGAGCAACGGAGAAAGGGAGGAGCAGCAGCACAGCAAAUGGAGUUCACCGGGCAGCAGAUCGGAGCAACUGCUCUAUGCUGCCUUUUGGGCAGGUGGCCUGACCCUGGGCUACCACUGGCUGACCGACAGGAACAACCGUGUGCUGCUCGAGGGGCAAAAGGUGCCAAGUGAGGAGGAACUGGAGGCAACGGCUCGACGGUGGCACGUUACCAUCAGAAAGGAGCUGCCCAACUACAGGGCCGAGCAAGUGGAGCAGCACAACUGCGCCGAGAAACGCAUUUGGGUCACCUACGGCCUGGGCGUAUACGAUGUCACGGACUUUGCCGAUAAUCAUCCCGGUGGCGAUAAGAUCCUGAUGGCCGCCGGCAGUGCCAUCGAUCCCUUUUGGGCCAUCUACCAGCAGCACAAUACGCUGGAGGUACUGGAGCUGCUAGAGGGCUUUCGCAUUGGCAAUCUGGAGGGUCAGGUGGUGACCAAUGCGGACGAGGAGCUGGGCUCACCGUGGUCGCAGGAGCCGCAGCGCCACGCCCUGUUGAAACCAGCCUCCAAGAGACCCUUCAACGCAGAGCCACCCAUUGGCCUGCUGGCCGACCAGUUUUACACACCCAACGAUCUGUUCUAUGUGCGCAACCACCUGCCAGUGCCAGUGAUCGAUCCGGAGGAUUACGAGCUGGAGAUCGAGGGUGGUGCCAAAGAGAAGACCCUCACUCUCGAGGGGAUCAAGGCCCUGCCCAAGCACUCGGUGACGGCGGCCAUCAUGUGCGGUGGCAAUCGGCGCUCCGAGAUGACAAAAGUCAAGGCCGUAAAGGGACUUUCGUGGGGAGCUGGUGCUGUGGGCAAUGCCAAGUGGUCCGGUGCGCGACUGUGCGACGUUCUAAGGGAGCAAGGAGUGCAGCCGGAUGAGAGCAAGCAUGUGAUCUUUGAGGGUGCCGACCUGGAUCCCACUUCCCACCCGUAUGGAGCUUCGAUACCACUCGCCAAGGCACUGGAUCCUCGGGGGGAUGUCAUCCUGGCCUACGAGAUGAACGAUGAGCCGCUGAGCAGGGAUCACGGCUUUCCCAUUCGCGUAAUUGUGCCCGGCACAGUGGGCGCCCGCAACGUUAAGUGGUUAACGCGAAUCGUGGUGGCGGAUAAGGAAUCGGACUCUCACUGGCAGCAGAACGACUACAAGGGCUUUAGUCCGAGCACCGACUGGGACACGGUGGACUUCAGCAAGUCGGAUGCCAUUCAGGCCAUGCCGGUGACCUCGGCCAUCUGUACACCACAGCCAGGAGCGAGGGUGAAAGUGGACGACGACGAGGGUCACAUCACGGUGAGGGGAUACGCGUGGAGCGGCGGCGGCAGGAAAAUCGUGAGGGUGGACCUGACCAACGAUGAGGGUGUAAGCUGGCACGUGGCCGAAUUGGAGCAGGAGGAGAUACCCGAUGGCAGACACUACGGCUGGUCCCUGUGGACCGCUCGUCUGCCCGUUACCGAGGCCCAAAGGAAGGCCGGUGAUGUGGAGAUCUGGGCCAAGGCCGUUGACUCGGCGUACAAUGUGCAGCCGGAGAAAUUCGAGCACAUCUGGAAUCUGCGUGGCGUUUUGGCCAACGCGUAUCACAAAGUCAAAGUGAAGAUUGUCUGAAGGGGAGAUUUCUUGCAAUACUCAGAUGGGAGGAGACAUAGACACUAAGAACAAAUCCUGUCCACAACAAAAUACAGAAGAACGAUUUUGGAAAUCAUCCGAAACAUAA